CUAACCUCCCAGAGCAGCAUGAAGCGAUAUGAGAGUCGUCGGGCGGCGCGCUACCGCCAUGUCACCUAGAGAGAAACAUUUAGCGCUUUUGUCUGUUUUAGGCCUGAUUGCUCUAGUUUUUUAUUGUAUCCCUACCAUUAUCUACGCAGCUUUAAUUUUAUCAGUUUGCUGCUUUGCCCUUUACUAUCGCAGUGGAGAACAGCUUCCCGCCAGGUUAGGCCCGAAUCCCCGGGGUGGGCUAAACGUCCAAGCCGCGCUCCAGCGCUGGUUGCCGGGCUGGGACACGACCGGCGUGUCGGUGGCUGCGCGGAGACCCAAGAGCAACAGCAGCGGAAGCUACAGAGCCGAGCACCGGGAAACAGAGGGACACUGCAGACAAAGACCCAGCGAAACCGGGAUUUAUCGGAGGGAAGCCCUGACCAGCGACUCGUUGCUUUUCAGCCCCCGGGAUUUACUCAUGGGGAGUUACAUCGGCAAACCCGAAAGCCCAACCGCCGACUGUCGGAGGCCAAGAGUCGGGAGAAACCCCCGGGAGCAGCUGCGGGAAAGGCUGGCCAGACCCAACCAUGCCGUUUAUACCCCGAACAGGAGGCUUUCAUUCACUGGUGAACCGCUGGGCGCGGCGAGCAGGUUCACCAUCACGCCGCAGCGCCGCUACCCUCUGCAGCAGCCGGGGGUCUCCUCCGUGGGAGUCCUGCCCCCCGUCACGUGGGACGGCUUCAGGAAGAAGAGCGUCCUGAGUCCUCGCAAUUCCCCCGCCGCCCUCAGCCCCGUCACCGUGAAGAUCGCCCGGCCCGACCACCGGAGCCCCAGUGUGAAUCAUCUGAGCUGCGCCGGACUCGCCCGGGCCCCCGCGGACCCCUGCUCCAGAGAGAGCGUCCUGAGGGUGCUGAAGGAAAGCCGCAAGAGAGAAGUGGAGGACGAGGACAGGAGCUUCACCACAGAGCAGAGAAGCAAGAGAAGGCGAAAUGACAGCGACGGAAGUGCACACUCUGCCUUUGAGCCUCUGCUGCCCAACGGAAAUCCAUCCCAGCUGGUCCCCAAGCCAGGGACCCUAAAACGAGGCAUGACGUCUGCGACAGACGAGGCCAGCAUGAAGCGGUCCCGCACCUCCUCCAUCAGCUCCGGCACAGGGAUCCACGCUCCGCGGGGAACCCCGGGCACCAGGAGAAACGCCAUCCAAAGCUCCUACAGCUCCUCUGCUGGCCUCAGUCAGUGGAAGAAACCGCCGGCUCCCAGCUCUCCUCUGUCCAGCCCCGAGUCGUCUCGCUCCCAGACUCCAGAGGGAGCCUCUAAAAGACUCAGAGAGGAGGAGAUCCAGUCUCCCAGCUCGGCUUCUUCUGUCAGGUCCGAUCACACCGGCUCAGACAAAGCACCCGACGCGUCAAAGCAAACUCCAGUGCCCAAAGUGCCGGUCACAACAACAGCGGACUCAACGGGAAGUGGCGGCAAGAGGAAAAGAAAGAUCCAGCUGGUGUCCAGCAACCGGGACGAUCAAAUCUCUCUGCCUCCUCCCCCUGAGCUGGGUUACACCAUCACGGCUAAAGAUCUGGACGAAGAGAAAAAGGCGGCCAUCAGUAAGAUCCAGAAAGUCCUGGAGACGCCUGCCCCAGAACCAGAGAAGUCCGAGUCUCCAGCAGUCACCACUUCCACUCAGCUCGCCCCAUCUACCGUCACCCUGAGCAGCCUCCUGGCUGCUCCUCUGCCCACAUCCACCUCCGCCGUUCCAGUAAUCAACCUGGACCCGAGCCCAAGCAGCAGCAGCAGCAGCAGCAAGGCAGCCCCAGCAGUCGCCAACACUCUGCUGGAGGCCCUCAAGAUGAAGAUAAGUGUCCCUGCUAGCUCCACGUCUGCUGCCAACACGACCGCAGCGUCUGUGUCGGCCGCUCCUGCCGCCAGCUUCACCCUGAAGACGUCCACCGCGGCGCCCCCCGCCUCUCAGCCCCAGCCCACCUCUGCGGGCGCUGUGGGCCAACCCUCUGCCUUCACUCAGGUGCUGGCUCAGGUCUCCAAGGCAGCCGGCGGCCUCCCUGCUGCGUCUGUAACGGGGCCGACCCUCUUUGGACUGUCCACCCAGAGCAGCAGCGCCGUUUCUGCUCCUUCGCUCUCCACCGCGGUCGUCACCUCCACCGCCGCCGCUGCCGCCCCGGCCAGCAGCUCCCUGCCGGCCGGCGCCACAAACCCUCUCCUGGCUGCAGGGUUCAAGCCCAUCUUUGCCGCUGCAACGACGACUUCAUCAGCCGCGCCGUCUUCAGAAAGCAAACCCGUCAUCCAGGAUUUCAAGCCCAUCUUUCCACAGCCGUCCUCCAUGGCGGCCGCCUCUUCAGCCCUCAGCCUGUCGGCGAGCGGCACGGCGCCGGUGUUCAGUUUGACCACCAGCAGCUCCACGGUCGCCCCGUCGUCUUUCUCCGGCUUUAAUAACACGUCUGCCGGCUCCGCCUCCCUGGGCGCCAUCACGGCCGCCCAGCCGGCGGUGAAGUCCCUCUUUGGAAACUGGGCCCCGCCGGCGACCACCAGCGGCGGCAGCAGCUCUGCAUCGGCGGCGCCUCCCAGCACAGGGAGCGCCUUUCAGUUCGGAGACGCCGCCUCCACCACCUCAGCGCCGUCUGCUGCUCCUGCGCCUGCAGCCACGACCUCCGCCGCGACCGGCUUCGGCUUCGGGGCGCCGCAGCCGGACCCCCAGGCUGCUAAAGUGUUUUCCUUCGGCCAGACCGCGUCCGGCCAAAACACGACCACCGCCUCGUUUGGGGGCUUCGCGAUGGCCAGCACGGUUUCCACCGCCGCCCCCACCUCCACCACCCAGUCCACCUUCAACUUUGGAAAGCCGGCGUUUGAAGCCCCCGCCGCCCAGCCGGCCUUCGGCUCGUCGCCGGCGCCCCCCAAACCCUUCACCUUCGGCGGAGCAUCGUCCGCGCCUGCCGCCGGCGCCGCCCCAGCGCCGGCUCCGUUCCCGUUCGGGGCGCCCGCAGCAGCCGCCGCCGCCGCCGCCACCACCGCGGCUCCCAGCUUCGGGACUCCAGCUAAACCGGCGUUCGGCGCCAGCUCCACUGGGUUUGCCUUCGGCACCAACGCCACUCCUUCGGCCGCGCCCCCCGCCGCCUCAGGCUUCGGCGCAGCGACGCAGACUCCGAGCUCCUCCUCGACCUCGUUCGCGUUCGGAGGCGCCGCCCCUCAGCCGGCUCCGUCCGGACCAGCUCAGCCCGCGACUGGUGGGUUCAACUUUGGAGCCAGCAUGCCGUGCCCUCAGUUCGGAAGUCCAGUCUCCACUAAUCCUGCGCCGCAGAUGGGAAGCUUCAACUUUGGAGCUGCUGCCACUUCAGACAAACCAGCCUUUGGGACGUCGACUCUAUCCUUUGGCCAGGGCGCCUCUCCAGGCCCGAUCUCCUUCGGAAGUCCUGCGACUCCGGUCCAAGGCUUUAACGCCGUUCCCUUCGGGUCUCCUGCGACCUUCUCCAUCGGAGCCGGAUCGAAGCCGUCCGGCGCCCGUCAGAGGCUGCAGGCGCGGAGGAUGCACAACAGGAAGAAGUAACCGGCCGAGCGCGGCCGACGCUGUUUUCAGAGGACGAUGGCUAACCUGACUGACGCGGCUCCCCGGUUUCAGCUUCAGCAUCCUCCAAUCGGGCGGCCCACCAUCCCCUCCUUUGUUUCCUUCCUGUCCGACAGCAGUGUGUGCUGGCCCAGGGGCGCCCGAGGAACCCCCCCCCUCCCCCGCCGCGUGGCCUCCUGAGUUCACGCUGCCCGAAAGCAGGAACGUCGCGGCGGGGAGAAAGGAUCCACAACAAAGUGCUAUACUUGAAGAAAAGACGGAACGGACAGUCGAGUUGUUAGAUUCUGAGCAAAAGUCUAUCCAAAGUUUCCUUCGCUCUCUCUACAAAAUCGCGGACACUCCCACCGAUUCGUCCGGAGGGGGAUCCGCUCGUUUAUUUUUUUACUUGAUCUCCGGGUUUGUAUGCUGGCGAAUGUUUUUUUGAGUGCGUCUGGUCUGAACAGGAGAAGCUGCACAGCUGAUUCAGAUGAGGUACACGCAGCGGAAGUGUUGAUUGCAUUUAAAUUAUUUUUUUAAUUGGCUCUCCGACCUUGUAAGUGAACGAAUGGAUGAUGUUUCUGCACUUGAAGAGCAGCUCGGUUGAUGUCUUAACGUAGUUUUUUAGCAGGCGCUCGUGCUCUGACUUCAUAUCAACGUUGCAAACAUUCCCAGAGUCCUCCCAUGGAUGGCCUCCCCCCCCCCCCUUUCCUUUUAUCCUCUCCUUUUUGUUUGUUUGAAGCGUUUUACCGACACUCAUGUAAGUAGCGGGUCAGUUGGCGACUUGGACGACUACUCCUGACCCGCGCAGACAAACCAAAGCCAACCGUUCAACUCCACGCCUGUGAAAAGAAUCUGUGAUCUCCGUUUCUCCUUUAAAUGCUGAGACGUGUGCGUUUGUGCCAGACUACCUCUUUUUAAUCCCAGGCACUGAAGUCUUUUUUUUUUUUUGUUCAUUUGUAGAUUGGAUUCCAAUUUUAGCUACUGAUCUGUGCAGAUGGUUUAAAACGUCUGCACAAUACAUCCCCCCCCUCCAGAUUUACAACUAUUAUUGUUACAGUGGUUUACGCAACACUCGCCUAACAGGAGGUCAUUUUCAGACACAGACCGCAUUGGGACUCUCGUGCGCUCGCUUCUGACAGAAAGUGUUUGGUGCAGGGAGUGUUUUUAGUGUUUUUUUGCACCAUGAUUUAUUUUUUUUUUUUUCUGUCUGGUCACUAUUUCAUGUCACGUUUUCAUCCAAAAACGGUCUGUUUCUCAGUAAUCGCCGCUCUCUCGUGUGAAACCCGAAGUUCGUUUUCCGAUGACUCGGUUUUGUUUGAGACGUGAAUGUUCAAUCUUGUACACACACAACUUAAGUUAUGAGCGUGUGACUUUUUAGUACCGAUAGUUUGGUUAAAGGGGAAUACUUUAUUAAAAUGUAUAAAACAAACAG